AUGGCGCCCUCUCACAAGCGAAAGCAAAUUGACGACGACUUCGUCCACACAAUCUCCGACAAUGACGAGGAAAUAGUCGAGGAGGAGGCCGUGGCACCGCCACCAAAGAAGAAGGUGAAGGCCACCAAGAAAUCGAAGAAGGCCGCCGCCAAGGAGGACUCGCCGGAGCAAGAAGUCGCCGAGGGUAUUUGGGGCCAAAAAGACGAAGACGAUGGUGCUAUGGACUCAGACUUCGAAUUUGCGCAAGACAAUGCCAUCGAAUUCGGUGACGCAGAGCUUGAGGGCUGGGGUUUCGAAGGCGCAAAGAAGUCCAUGAACAGCAAUGCGUCUCUUGGCGUUGAUCUGGACGAAAUCAUUCGCCGAAGACGGGCAAAGAAGGGCGGCGAGGAAAAGCCGCAGGUGCAUCAAGAGGAGGACGCAGCAGACCCUGAGGUGGACAACGACAUGGACGUGGAUAUCGACCUCAACGACGACGAAGACGGAGUCCUGGCCGACGAUGCCUUCGGCAUGGGUGUGGAUCCUGAUGUCGAGGAUUCUGAAGCCGAGAACGAAGAGGGCUCCGAUGCAGAAGACGCCGAGCAAGAUGACGACGCAGCAUCCGACAACGAUUCUGUUGCGACACCCGUGGAUCAUCCCGACGACCGUGGCUCAGACGACGAAGAGGAGGAAGAUGCAGAAGAGCAAGCGAAACGCGAUGCUUUCUUCGCUCCCGAAGAGCCGGCAAAACCUGGCAAGAAGGAUACAGCAUCAUCUUUCCAGGCCAUGUCCCUGUCCCGUCCUCUGCUGAGAGGUCUGGCCGCUGUUGGCUUUUCCAAGCCCACGCCUAUUCAAGCCAAGACUGUACCCAUUGCCUUGAUGGGCAAGGAUGUUGUCGGUGGUGCAGUCACUGGUUCCGGAAAGACGGCCGCCUUUGUGGUCCCCAUUCUCGAACGUCUUCUGUACAGGCCCAAGAAGGUGCCUACUAGCCGUGUGGUCAUUCUCACCCCUACCCGUGAAUUGGCUAUCCAGUGUCACGCUGUCGCCACCAAGCUCGCCGCAUACACCGACAUCAAGUUCACCCUCGCUGUCGGUGGUCUGAGUCUCAAGGCUCAGGAGGUCGAGCUGAGGCUGAGGCCAGACGUCAUCAUCGCCACGCCCGGUCGUUUCAUCGACCACAUGAGGAACUCUGCCAGCUUCAAUGUGGACACCGUGGAGAUUCUCGUGCUCGACGAAGCCGAUCGUAUGCUCGAGGACGGUUUCGCCGAUGAGUUGAACGAGAUCCUAACGACCCUGCCCAAGUCAAGACAGACAAUGUUGUUCUCCGCGACCAUGACGUCUUCCGUAGACAGGCUGGUGCGAGUGGGCAUGAACAAGCCCGCCAGAGUCAUGGUUGACUCACAAAAGAACAAGACCGUCACCACCUUGGUGCAGGAGUUUGUUCGCUUGCGUCCCGGUCGCGAGGAAAAGCGCAUGGGCUACCUCGUGCACAUUUGCAAGACCAUGCAUACAGAGCGUGUCAUCAUCUUCUUCCGCCAGAAGAAGGACGCCCACCGAGCGAGAAUUAUCUUUGGACUGUUUGGCUUGUCUUGCGCAGAGCUUCACGGUAGCAUGAACCAGGCCCAGAGAAUUGCCAGUGUUGAGAACUUCCGUGAUGGCAAGGUCAACUACCUCUUGGCGACGGAUCUUGCAUCCCGUGGUCUCGAUAUCAAGGGCGUCGACACAGUCAUUAAUUACGAAGCACCCCAAAAUAUUGAGAUUUACGUGCACAGAGUCGGUCGUACCGCGCGUGCCGGCCGAACCGGUGUGGCCAUUACACUGGCCGCGGAGCCGGACCGCAAGGUCGUCAAGGCGGCGGUCAAGGCCGGCAAGGCCCAGGGCGCCAAGAUCAUGAGCCGCGUCAUUGAGCCGACGGAGGCGGACAAGUGGCAGGACCAGGUGGACGAGAUGGAGGACGAGAUUGAGGAGAUUAUGGUGGAGGAGAAGCAGGAGAAGCAGUUCCAGCAGGCCGAGAUGCAGCUCAAGAAGGGCGAGAACAUUAUGGCGCACGAGGCCGAGAUCAAGGCGCGGCCGAAGCGGACAUGGUUCGAGACGGAGGAGGACAAGAAGAAGGCCAAGGCGGCGGGGCGCGACGAGCUCAACGGGUCCAAGGGCGGCAAGAAGCCGAAGCUCAGCAACAAGGACAAGAAGAAGCUCGACGCCAAGUCGAUGAGGAGCGAGGACAAGGUGUGGAAGAAGGGCAGGGCGGAGCGCGACGGGCAGGGUGCGGUGCUCAACCUGAAGAAGCAGCCCAAGAAGAAGAACGUGCCGGCCAAGGGGAGGACCAGGGCGAAGCUGGCGCGCCAGAAGAGCCCCAACGUGCCGACCAACCCACACGGCUUCGGCACCUACGCCUACCCGACUCUCUCAAACUUCUCCCCUUCCAUAACGCCCAAAACCCUCGACCGUCCCGCGCCCGUUGCUCCCAUCGUCUUUGGACCUCCCGUCCAAGGCACAACUACGAACAAGCUGGCUCCUUUCGGGCGUCUUGGUCCGCCGCGUCCGCAUCCUCACAACCGUACAAGUCUCCUCCGAUACCUAUUUCCGCGAAGCGUACGAGAUCGAUACCGAGAGCGCCUUCUCAACUUUCGUCUCGACACCUUCCCGCAGCUUAAGCACCGGUUUCAGUCUAGCAUCUACCGAUACAUCCUCGAGCGUCAGCGCAAGCGGAACGACAAGUCCAGGCUCGUCGACGUCUUUGCGCGACACAGUCGCCGGCUGCUCUUGGGUCCGCCCUUGGCCAGGCCGAAGCGGCAUGCGAGGGAGCGAGGAGGCACUUUAGGCAAGAAGAUGCCCGCCUUCUCAGACUACACGACGACCUACGGCGGAAGUGGAGGCGCAGCAGGCGCAGGAGGCGCCAGCAAUGGCAGUAAUGGCUAUGGAUAUGGGUCGGCAGAAGACACGCCCACCCCGGGCGAGCGAGGUUUCCGGCGGAAAUGGCUGGCUGCGAAGGCCGGGAGCGUGUAUCGAGCCGCAGCGGUCGGAGUUAACGAGAUCAGGGAAGGCUAUGCGCAGACACGGGCCCGGCCUUUGGAGCCGGGGGAUGGCAUGCCGAGGACGACAAUCCCGGGAUCAUUCCCCGAUGUCGCCAUCACUGUCCAGGGAGAUGAUCAAAUGGUCAUCUUUCCAUCGUACGCAAAGAGGCAUGUCAAGCAGGAUUGGACGGCCGAAUACCAACAGCACUCCGAGCAAGAGCCUGGCAGCGUUAGGGACCAAGAGUUUUGGAGGAAAGAGUGGGAGCGUAAUGAGGACGAAAAAGCCAUCGUAGAUAUUGAUGUCAGGGGGUGGGUGUACUCCCCGCAUAAAGGACCGAUAACUCGGCGCAACCGCAUUCUCAUCGGCCUCGCGCGCCAGCUAAGUGGCAUUCCGGCUCCGAGACAGGAUGCCCCUGCGCCAGCCGAUAACCUGUCUGCCUUGCACCAAUCACACGAGGAGCGCCGAGAGCAAGAGAAAAUUGCGAAGGAAGCAGCAGAAAUCGAGAAGAGAGGCCAGGAAGAACGUCGUGUGGCAUAUCAGGGUGGUUUCAGCGAAGCGCCAAAGGAUGUAUCCGACGACGAUGCGAGUAGUAUGUACCGCGCGAGAUCGAGGUCACGAAGUGGCACGCAAACGCCAAUGACAGCUCCCGGCUCUCCCAAGUUGGCACCGACGAGGCAAAACACAACGGGCAACGAUCUGACCGAUGUCGAACUGUCUGUUGCGAAUGCCAACCUCAUGGCAAGAAUAGCGCCGUUUAUGACUACACCUCUGGUCCAGCUGCCCAUCACUGUAUUCUUCUACAAUGACGAGAAAUCGGCGUCUAGGACUGUGCAGACCAACGACGCAGGCCACUUCAUCCUGCGUGCCGCCUUGGAGUUCGUCCCUACGCACGUCCGCGUGCUCGCCAACGAGGACUUGUCGGCAACCCAGGAAGUCAAGAUCAUCGAACCAAAGGGUGUCAGCUUGAUUAGUGACAUCGACGACACUAUUAAGCGCUCCAACAUUUCGGAUGGUGCAAAGGAAAUCUUCCGCAACACCUUCGUCCGUGAGCUCAAGGACUUGACGGUGGAUGGUGUUCGGGAAUGGUACAACGAGCUGCACGCAAUGGGUGUCAGUAUGCACUACUGCUCAAACAGUCCCUGGCAACUUUUCCCGGUACUGGCCAGUUACUUCAUGAUUGCCGGCCUGCCUCCUGGCUCGCUUCAUCUGAAGCAGUACAGCGGCAUGCUCCAGGGUAUUUUCGAGCCAGUGGCGGAGAGAAAGAAGAGUACCCUCACUAGGCUCAUGCACGACUUUCCCGAACGCAGGUUUCUGCUAGUGGGUGACAGCGGCGAAGCUGAUCUGGAGGUUUACACAGAGCUGGUCGAAGCGCAUCCAGGGCGUGUCAUCGCCAUCUUCAUCCGCGAUGUCACGACGCCCGAGCAAGCCGGGUACUUUGAUACAUCAUUCGAGAGCAGCGGCGCACGUCAGAGAGGCUCAAUGUCCAAGGCCACAGACAAGAGCGAUGCCCCAACGAACCGCCCCGGUCUUCCUCCACGCGGUGAGGCAAAGACGGUCGGGCCUGUCAUGGGCGAUCUCAUUGACUUCUCAGAUGAACCCGAAGAAACCACGCUGCACGAUGCAGCUGCAAUGGUCCAGACUCAGGCUAGGCCGAAGCCGCAGUCAAGUGCUACCGAUCUUGCCGUCGGCCGCAAGCUCCCUCCGCCGCGACCCAACAAGCCAGCCGCCCUUCGCAGCGCUCCCUCUGACACAAACGUGCCCACAAUCAAGGUCAACAGCAUGGGUGCCACGCCCCCCCCUAUGCCGACUGCUCGCAAGCCAUCCGCAGACCGGAGCGGACCUCAUCCUCUAUCGCAAAUGCACAAUUCAUCUCAGCAGACGGUGGGAAGCAACAGGAGCCUGCCGAGUGCAGCCAAGAUUCCAGCAUCUACGACGCAAAACGACGUGAGUAAGACGAGCAAAGUCGCACCGGCGCCUCCACCGCCGCGACGUCGGGGUACCCCUUCCAGUUCCCGUAGUCUAAGUCCGCGAGGCGUCGACAGCCGCCGGAGACUAUCGGGCAACGAAGACAUUGAUUUUGAAGCGCUGCCGCCGCCGUCCGCGGCUUCCCGGCCACAGCAGGCUCAGCCGCCGACAUUUGUGAGGACCCAGACGGGCAGUCUCAGGUCCGGGUCCACGUCUCCGACCUACGGCAGCCCGAGCUUGGGGCCGACAGCGGCGGUUCCGAAUAGAAAGCACGAGCUGUGGAUGCGUCGACUGCAGCGGGCACAGGGGGUUUUGGAGUCGCACGGGGUGGCGUUGUACACGUGGCGAAGGGGCGGUGACGUGGUGGCUGAGGCUGUAGGGAUGGUGAAGGAGGAGCUGAGUAGGGUCGGCCUGAACGGGGAGAAGGAUGCGAAGACGGAGGGGAAGAGGUUUGAGAGGCAGAUUAGGAGGGAGCAGUCGCAGCAGCAGCAACAACAACGGCCGUACCAGCAAGGCUCAUUUCAGCAAAGAAGGUGA